AUGUCAAAUAAUUCGAGAUUAGAAUCCAUUAUUAAUACUUGGUGUGUAUAUAUCCUCUUCAAUCCAAACAGGUUAAAAGUAUACGUUGGUAACACUCAUGACCUCAAGGACCGUCUUGAAAAACAUAACCGUAUAACAACAGAAGGAGUAGGUGGACAAGCAUGGGAACCUAUUGUUGCUAUUACUGGUUUUUUAAAUAAUAAAGAAGCAACAAAUUUUGAAACCAAUAUUAAAAAUUUAGCAAGAAAAAAAGAAUUUGCAGAGUAUGCAUCUCUUUAUCAAGGUCGUUGUCCAGCGAUCGUACUUAAAAGGAUCAUAGCAAUUAGAUGUUUAUUAUGUGAAUAUGAUUAUUGUUGGAGAGCACCUCGUGGAAAGAAACGUCGAUAUGUUUUACAUUGGGGAAGUUAUAUGGAAAGAGAUCAAAGACAAUUAGACGUUUUACAACAUUGCCCUUGGGCUAGAGUUGGAAGAAAUGUUAAACAUAAAAAAAUGGAAUUAUCCGAAAGAAUUAAUAAUACUUUAACAAAUAACACAGAUGAUUCAUCAUCAUCAGCUUCAAGUAGUUCAACACCUGACCGAAAUAGGACUAUGUCAAGAAAAUCCAGGGUUGAAGAUCGCCUUGGGACCGUCAGUAAAUUGAUGUUAGAAUGA